GCCCGUCAAAAGUUUAGUAGUUAGUUCGCGCUGUGUCGCGGCGAACGCGAGCCGAAACCGAGCGGUCCGCUCAUGGACACUGUUCAUUUUUAUUUACGAUAAACUCGUACUAAAUUCAAAUGUUCACAGAAACAGUGCGUUAGUUGAAUUAAGUACUUAACCAGCCGUCUGUACGUAUAGCUAAAUAAUAGUGUCUAUUUUGAUGUUCCAUAUAUCGAUUUUUGACAACUCUUUAGAGAAUUAGUUAGCUUCAUUAUUUUUGAGUUCAAAUUCAUUGGAUGUAAAGUCUCAGUGGUUCCAUAAAGUUAUUAGUGUUUUCAGUUUCAGUUGUGUAAGCUUGUUUGCUAUCCCUCUCAUUUGAGUGGAAAGGGAAAGGAAGGCCGAGUGUUACCCAAGCAUUGUUUUGUUUUCAUGAUUUUCUUUGCUGUAUGUUAAUGUAGAGCGGAUUAAGAAAAUAGAUCGCUUCGAUAUCUUGUGCCUACAAGAAUAUUAUAAGUACAAAACAAACACAGCGCAUCGCCCACGUAGCGAGAUAACACAGCAUCCCGUCCACAGAGAAAUUAAUAAUCUGGAACACGGUAACAGGAAGCAUGUCGAUAAAGUGUUCCAUGCUAUAACAGUGUUGAUGAGAGAACUGCUCGACGCUGCUGACACUCUAAUAUGGUUAGCUGACACCUGCGAACUAUCCGCUGCAGUUACCACGAUGUUGUCAGACUCCCCGACACACUACAAACGCGACGCGUCCGCACAUCACUUUCAUAGAAGUUCAAAACUUGCUCUCGCCGUAGACCCGACCUCAUCCAACAUGCAUCGCACUGCUAACGUUGUUGCUGCAUCAAGCUCGCCGAGUGACAACUCGCAAACAUCAUGUGUAGUCACUAAUAUCGACAGAAUGGCACACGACAAUCAUUCCAAUGAUAAUUUAGAACAAGUUUAUGAAUUGACUGACUUAGAUAGAUUUAGGAUACUUAAUCAUGGAAAAUUAGAAUGCCAAUAUGAGUCUGAAAGGCAAUGCUCUGCCAAAGAUAGAGCCUCUCAACGAUACGUAUUGCAUAACAAAGAAGACGUAUACGGAAAAGAAUCGAUUACCAGAAAGAGGGUUGAGGCUGACGAAUGUGGUGGUUCAAGGCGGGCCGCUAAUUUGAAAUUUAAAUGUAGUCGGGAUGCACAGAAGUGGAUGGGAGCGAUCGGGAGGACAAUGGGCAUUCGUGUUCACGUGCGCGCCAUAGCCGUCGUGGUGUUGUUCCUGGCCGUGUUAGCGACGAGUGCAGCGGCGCCGACGAGGUCCCGGCCCACGCGCAGCGCACACGAGAAAUCAGCGAGAAGUUACCUGGAAACGUUCGGCUACCUGAAGAAGGGCAGACCAGAGGUUGGCAACCUGCAGCUCAUGGGCAACGAACAAGAAUACGAAGACGACUUCAGGAUCGCCAUCAAGACUUUACAAGAAUUUGGCGGUAUACCGGUGACGGGAGAGAUCGACACAGCUACGAAGAACUUGAUGAAGCAGAAACGAUGCGGCCGACCGGACCGGGAGGAUGGUGAAGACGAACAUAGGAGGAAGAAACGGUUUGCGGUGCAGGGGGAGAAGUGGAAAUACACCAACUUAACUUGGAGCCUGUCGUCGACGCGGCGGCCAUCGCAACUGGACCCGUACGGGACGCGCAGCGUGCUGGCGCGCGCGCUCGACGUGUGGGCCCAGGCGUCGCGCCUCACCUUCACAGAAGUCAACUCGGAUGAAGCAGACAUCGUUGUCUCAUUUGCCAAACGUUACCAUGACGAUGCGUAUCCAUUCGACGGGCGCGGAGCGAUCCUUGCGCACGCGUUCUUCCCCGGCACUGGUCGCGGCGGAGACGCACAUUUUGACGAUGACGAGCUCUGGCUGUUGCAACCAAGGGAUGACGAUGAAGAAGGAACGUCACUGUUUGCAGUGGCUGCACACGAGUUUGGACAUUCUCUGGGCCUCAGUCAUAGUUCUGUGAAGGGCGCGCUUAUGUUUCCGUGGUACCAAGGCAUUCAACCAAACUUUGUGUUACCAGAAGACGACCGCAAUGGUAUCCAGCAAAUGUAUGGGCCUAAAAAGAGUACGAAAUGGGCCAAAAUACCGUAUUACCGUCCAGCUGAGCCGCCACCAACUACGACUACCACCACGACCACCACUACCACCACGACAACUACAACCAGGAGGCCGUACAUCAACCAACACCACAACAGACAUCAAGAUAGAUACCCCAACCGGCCAUACACCCCAUACCCACGCAUUCCCAGCAAAUACCCUGCAUACUACCCGGAGAAACCCAACCAUUACCCGUAUCACCCCGACCGCCGCCAUUACAACUCAAGCGAAGAACAUCCUCGACGCACGAAUCAUCAUCAUAACUUCCGUCCCACGGAGACGACCAGCCAUCCUACCACGUACCGCCCACGCUACCCCUAUGUGCAGCCAGAGUACCCGAGCAAUCCCAGACCGAAUUAUCCAAAUGAUCCGAGACAAGAUAACCCUAGGAAGCCGUAUUACCCGGAGAAGACGACGCAACGAACAACGACCACCACACCUUCGGACAAACCUGACAAGUGUGACACAAGUUAUGAUGCAGUCGCCCUUAUACGUGGUGAACUCUUCAUAUUCAAAAAUAGAUACCAUUGGAGGAUAGGAGCUAAUGGACAUUACCCUGGGUAUCCAAUGGAAACUACGAGAAUGUGGCCCAGUCUACCGAGAGAUCUUACCCACGUCGACGCUGUUUAUGAAAGACCAGAUCGAAAAAUAGCUAUUUUUAUUGGUAAAGAACUAUACUUAUUUAAUUCUCAAUAUCUGGUGCCGGGAUACCCGAAACCACUAUCCACGUUCGGCCUUCCUGAAAGUUUGGACAAACUAGACGCUGCCAUGGUCUGGGGUCAUAACGGCAACACCUAUUUCUAUAGCGGCACUAUGUACUGGAAAUAUGAUGAAGAAAAAGGUCGUGUUGACUACGAUUACCCUCGCAACAUGGCCAUGUGGAAGGGCGUGGGGUACAAUAUUGACAGCGUCUUCCAGUGGAAAGACGGUAAAACGUAUUUCUUCAAAGGGAAAGGCUUUUGGAAGUUCAACGACCUUCAAAUGCGCGUCGAAAAUGAGAGGCAGUACCCUUCGUCUACAUUCUGGAUGGGAUGCCCCACGGAGCGCGCCGGUCGCCGCGCCGGCUACAAGGCGCCGCCCGCGCCCGGCUCAACUCUACGCUCACCUAGUGCUGCAACUACUAUUACUGUAAACUUACUACCAUUCUUAUGCUCUACACUCUUAAUAUUAACAAGUUAUAUUAGGUACCUUACGUAAAUUAUUACUAUGACUGGCAUAAUGGUGAUCGCACACCUGUCAGAAUCGAUCGCGGCGAAGGAAUCGAAUGCAUACGAAACCUCGCACACUUGCGCGCUCUGAAUUUGUCGAAUCGUCCGAAUCUGGCAGAAUUACAGAUAUGAUAUUCGAUAAAUUCGAUUCUUUUGCCGUGGUCGAUUUUGACAGGUUUUCGUUCACCAUAUUAAAUUAUAAUUACCUAUGGUAUGGGUGGGUCAUAGCAUAGGCUUAGAAUAUAUACUGUCCGGCUAUGUGCCAACAUAAUAUGUAGAAAAGUAUAUAUCCUAAGUAUAUGAUUCAUGAACUUAAAUCUGGUUACCUAAUUAGGAAUUUUGUAACGUACUGAUAAGAGUUAAGAUUUGGGAACAUUGUAACGGUCAAGUUAUAGUUCAGCUUAUAGGAAGGUACCUAUAUAUUUAGGUUUCUAUACAUAACGUAUAUUUUUGCAUAACAUAAAGGAUACGAAAGUAAAGAACGAUAAAAAAAAUUAAAGCUACCUUAAUUUAAUUCUCCUGUAAUAUACCUAAAGCUUAAAGAUACAAUUUUAACUUAACUGAGAAACCUAUGUACCAGAGACGUGUCAAAACGUCGGAAUCAACAAGUACAUAUCGGAAACGUCUGAUUUAAGACUAGAAUUAGUAACUAUUGCGCAAAAUUGCACUGCCUGUUUAGUAUUAAACAAAUAUCUAAGUACGUUAGUAUAAUAUACGUCAAGUAAGAAAAUUAAAUAAAAUUACAAGUAAUAGAAAGUAUGUCCAGGAUAGAGCGAAGUGGAAGAAGAAGAUACGGAAAGCGGACCCCGUCACAAGACGGGAUAAACGCUAAGAAGAAGAAGAAGAAGAAGAAGAAAGUAUACCUACCUAUCGAUAUCGAUUAAGUAUAGUCGAACUUUAUUAUUAUUUAGGCAAUAAGUAAUUAUAUGAAAUAUUAUUUCUAUUAUAUGUACAUUUUGAUCUCAAAACGAUCGAGUGCUUGGUUUGUUAAUGUCAUGUAAGGUAUAAAACACCACCCACUUAGCUUCUGUACAGUUUGUAUUGUACUUCGAUGUUUAAUUGUUAAAAUGAAAAUCACAUACGGUAACUAUGGUUACUCAAUAAGUAAUAAAUACUUUGUGCCAUAGGUACCCAAUUCCAUACUUAUACUACAUAACUGCCUUAGUUAUUUGGUAUUAUAAUAACAUGCAUUUGUAGAUUAAUGUUGUAAAAAUUGUACUCGUUUACUUUAUUAUUACUUAUGUAUAUCAUCUAUAUAAUAGUUGACUAACUUAUUUAUAUCUCUUAUGCUGGUUAAAAGAGGUACACAUUUACUGUAAUUUGUAAAUUAUAUAAAUGAUUUAAAGUUAUAGAUAACUAAAUAUAAAAUAGAUGCCAUAUAAAUCAAUGCUAACUAUAUACAUAUAAUGGUUUGAUAUAUACAUGUAUUUUUUAACAAAUGGCCUUACGUGUAAGUACUGAGAAAAAGUUAGGAAUGAUGAAUAUGAAGCGUGUAAUCUGAUUGUGUUGCCAAUGAGAAAAGAAAAAGUUAAACUUGUUAGAAUGAAUAUGGUGCUUAUUAUAGUUAGUCAUUGUACAGAAUAAAUUCUCUUUGGAUAUUUUUGUAUGUUGCUGUUGUGUCUUGAGUCAAUAUUUACCAAACAAGUCAAAUAAAUAUCUUACAGUCUUCUUUAAUUCCCAAACUAUAUUGGGUACUAUCUAAUAUGAAACGAUCAAUAGAUACACCUACAUUAUAACGAAACAAUAAAGUGAAUAUAUAAAACACAUAUAUUUAAUCCUGUGCAAUCAGCAGUCCAGUUUUGAUCAAUAUUCAUUUUAUUGUAAGGAAAAUAAUAAUAAUAUAAGGGUUGAAAGCCAUGUGGUCGCUAGGGUGACUUGUAUGUAACGCAAUGUUAUAUCUCUCAAGCCACUCAACAUUUUAGUGUAAUAAGUAUAGGCUACAUUCGAUUUUUAUAGUUUCUUUGGUCACAAAUACAUAAUUUAAUAAUAACUGUGAUAUUUACUUUUAUAUAAAAUGCCACGAAAUCUGGCGAUAAAAAGGAAUAAAAAAAGUCUUGCUAAAAUAAUAUUACUCAAUGAAUAAUUUUAGUUCAAUGUAAUACCUUUAAGUACUAUUAUAUGUUUAAUAAAGAAAUUUCUAUGGUAA